AUGGCCCUUCUCAUCCUCAUGAACUUCAUCGCCACGGCCGUUCAGUUUCAAAUCCUACCAAACGAUGAAGAGGACACUGAGCUCGGAAAAACCUUCAUCAAAAUAGACAUCGCCUUCACUGUUGUCUUCAUAGUCGAACUGGCGAUUAACAUGAUGUCAAACUGGUUUGCAAACUUCUGGUAUGACGGCUGGAACCUGUUCGACUUCCUGGUCGUCACUCUCUCCGUCGUGUCCCUCGGCCCGGCGCAAUUCGGCCCCUUGAAGACCCUCCGACUCAUCCGCGCCUUCAAGGUCAUGCGACUCCUGAAGCGCCUCGACUCGCCGAGGAGGAUCGUGAACGCGCUUUCAGCAGCCAUCGCCCCUGUUUGCAACGCCCUUCUCAUCGUCUUUGUCAUUCUCGCCAUCUACUCCAUCCUUGGCGUGAGCUUCUUCCGAGACAACAGCUACUUCUUCAGCGACUUCUUGACCGCAGCCUUGACCAUGUUCCAGGUGAUGACUGUCGAUGGAUGGUACGACAUCAUGACUGCAGGAGGCAUUGGCAGCCCAUCAUUUCCCACUGUCCUCUUCUUCGUCUCCUUCAUCGUCCUCGUUACCUUCACCCUCCUCCCCAUAGUCCUUGCCGUCCUCCUCGACAGCUUCAAGUCAGCCAACUGGAUGCUCAACGAGCAGGACCAGAAGACGAUCCCAGCAGAGCAUCUCAGCGUCUCGCGGCUAUCGCUCGACCCUCUCCUCGCUUCGCUCAUGGGGUGUGUAUCGCGCCAGGAGCUGAUGAACAGACUAGAGCUCAUCUUCUCCAUCCUCGAUGUUGACGGGUCGCAGACAGUCAGUUUCCUGGAGCUCAAAGAGGGGUUGAAGAUGAUGCAGUUCCGGCCCAAGAUCGACUUGUCCAUGGACGAGUAUGACGCUAUCACAAGGAAGAAAGAGAUUUGCGAUGAAAAGGGAGACCUUGAUCUCAAUGCCUUCAAGCUUGUCUUCAGUGAGCAGCUCUACCUGUACGCUGAGAGAAAGAUCGGACAACUGAUCCCCGUGGUCUCUAACGACGACUACUGCUCCGCCGCCAUCAUGUUCGGCCUCAAGCUUAUCUUAUCAGACAUCAACCAUCGCCCUGAGAGCACGCACGACCGAGGGUCUCAAACCCGUGACAGGACGGAAGAGAAGGAGGAAGGAAGAGGAGGAGGAGGAGGAGGAGAGGUGUUGGAACAGCUGCGAGAAAUCCGUCAGAGUCUGUCGAGUCUGUCGCAGGAAGUGAAGGAGCUGCGUCAGUGCUGCAGGAGGAGGUCGAGCGAGGAGCCGGUGGUCGCAAACUCGCACGAGAUUGAAAGGAUCGCGGUAUGUGCAAGAGAUUGA